CACUUGGCCCUGCAGGGAGUGGACGUGCCGCAGACAGAAGAUGAUAUUCGGGAGAAAAUUCCCCAAAGCCCUCUGCAUGGGGCUGACUCUGGUCAUUACCGUCAAUCUCCUUCUGGCCUUUUAUGCCAAGGGGACUUUACAGAACUUCAUGCUGGGUGAUCUCCACAAGGAGCUCCAUUUGCCUCUGUCUGAGUGGGACGGGGCACUGGUAAAGAGACUCUCCCGCUUGGAGGUGGAAUUGCAGCAUCUGGAAGAAAGUAUGAAAUUGGCUCUGAAGCAACAAGAAGGAGUGAACAACACACUAAAGAGGGUGGCAGACGUCCGAAAACCAGUGAGAGCCAAGUUGAGUGAGCCAAGGAAGCGCGCGGCCCACAUGAAGCUCUUCCCACGCUCGCCGCUUUUCAAGCAGUGGGGUGAGGAUCUCUCCAAGGCCCAGCAGAGAAAGGCCCAGGACCUCUUCCAGAAGUUUGGUUACAACGUGUACCUCAGCAACCAGCUGCCCCUCAAUCGCACUAUCCCCGACACGCGAGAUUCCAGGUGUCUUCAGAAGACGUACUCUUCACAGCUCCCUUCCCUCAGUGUCAUUCUCAUAUUCAUGGACGAAGCCCUGUCCGUUAUACAACGGGCCAUCACCAGUGUCAUCAACCGGACCCCCCCUCGAUUACUGAAGGAGAUCAUCUUGGUGGACGAUUGUAGCUCAAAUGGAGAACUAAAGGUAAACUUGGAUGAGAAGAUUAAGAUUUACAACCAGAAGCAUCCAGGACUACUGAAAAUAAUACGGCAUACCGAGAGGAAAGGCCUCGCUCAAGCACGCAACACUGGCUGGGAAGCGGCCACGGCGGACGUGGUCGCCAUAUUGGAUGCUCAUGUCGAAGUGAACGCUGGGUGGGCAGAGCCCAUCCUGGCUCGGAUUCAGGAAGACCGCACCGUGAUUGUGUCGCCCGUGUUUGACAACAUUCGUUUUGACACCUUUCAACUGAAAAGGUAUGAUUUGGCAGUUGAUGGAUUUAACUGGGAACUGUGGUGCCGCUACGAUCCACUGCCACAAGCCUGGAUUGAUUUGCACGAUGUCACGGCGCCAGUGAAGAGUCCUUCCAUCAUGGGCAUCCUGGCUGCCGACAGGCUCUUCCUGGGAGAGAUCGGGUCUCUGGAUGGUGGGAUGCUGGUCUAUGGAGGAGAGAACGUGGAACUCAGCCUAAGGGUGUGGCAGUGUGGAGGGAAGAUUGAGAUCUUACCCUGCUCCCGGAUUGCUCACCUAGAGAGACACCACAAGCCCUACGCCUUGGAUCUGAGCCCUGCCUUGAAGCGCAAUGCUCUGCGAGUGGCCGAAGUCUGGAUGGAUGAGUACAAAGACAUGGUCUACCUGGCCUGGAACAUACCUCUCCAGAACUCCGGAAUCGAUUUUGGAGACGUUUCUUCCAGAAUGGCCCUCCGGGAGAAACUGAAAUGUAAAACUUUUGACUGGUACCUGAAAAAUGUUUAUCCAGUCCUGAAGCCAAUCCACGGCGUCGUGGGCUAUGGGACAAUGAGAAACCUGUUGGAUGAAAAUGUCUGCCUGGAUCAGGGCCCUGUCCCGGGCCACACGCCCAUCCUGCAUCCCUGCCAUGGGUUCAGUUCGCAGCACGUCUACUACCUCCUGACCGGGGAGCUGUAUGUGGGACAGCUGGUUGCGGAGACAAACACUGAGGACCGCUGCCUGACAGACCCUGGCGACGGGGAGAAGCCCACUUUAGAGCCAUGUUCCAAGGCAGCUAAAAAGGGACUGCACAUAUAUUGGGAUUUUAAACCAGGAAAAGCUGUCAUAAACAGGGACACCAGACGGUGUCUGGAGAUCAAGAAGGACCCCUCUGGCAGCUACAUGCCCGUGCUGCAGGCCUGCACCCUGCAAGUGUGGGACAUACAGCACACCGUCAGAAACUGGGGCCGGACUGACAGCCAGUGAUCCUCAGA